AUGCCUCGCAAAUCUACUACACCGUCCUUCUCUGAGAAGGAUAUACCCAAUUUAAAAGGCUAUGUUAUUAUUGUCACUGGUGGUAAUUCCGGAAUUGGAUACGAGACUUCCUUCCAGCUAGCACAACGCGGUGCUCGAGUGUACAUUGGCGGUCGCUCUACUGAGCGUGUUGAGGACGCAAUCGAUCGGAUGAAUCAAGCACAUGGAGCCAAAUUGGACAUCCGAUUCCUACGGCUGGACUUAACUGACUUGAAGUCAGUAAAGUCAGCUGCUCAACAGUUUGCGACUCUCGAGAGACGCCUAGAUGUGCUCAUAAAUAAUGCCGGGAUCAUGUCAGCGCCAUACAAGUUGACAGGUGACGGGUUUGAAAGUCAAUGGCAGACAAACUACUUGGCCCCUCACGCUUUGACACAUUGCCUCAUGCCGCUGCUGCUUUCUACGGCCAGCAGCUCUCCUGACGGAACUCGUGUCCGCGUAGUCAACGUCAGUAGUGACGCGGCAUUCUCCGGUCCGAAGACCAUCGAAUGGAACGAUGUGAACAUGACCUCAACAAAGGGUGUGAUGGAACUUUGGAAACGCUACGGCCAUUCAAAACAGGCUAGUAUUCGAGAUGCAAAGUAUCUUAAUGAUCUCUACAGCACACAAGGUGUUACUGCGUACUCUGUGCACCCGGGCUACGUCCCGUCUAACCUUCAGAGUCACGAUCCGACUAUAAUAGGAUCUGCUAUUCGGUUAGCAAUGAAGCUAUCGAGAACGACGGCUUUGCAAGGAGCACUUACAACCUUGUAUUGUGCCACGAGCCCUGAAGCUCCUGCUGUAGGUGCUGGCCGGUUCUUUGUUCCUGUCGGCAAGUUGGAUGCGCGUGCAGAUACUUGGUUUGCAGACACAGAGGGCAACAAGCGCUUGUGGGAGAUGGCAGAAGAACAAUCCAACACGGGCAUUAGUUAG